UGUCAGGUGAUGUUUUUAAUUUUGUAUGUUUACGUUUGGCUAUAAUUAUUUUAGUCAAAAUUUUGUAUUUUACUACGAUCUUUGGUUUUUGUAGUAACGAAUUUGAUUGACUUUUAUACUUUGCCAUUACCACUAUCAGCAAUUAAUUACAGAAUUAUACAAAAAUGGUUUCAUACUUUACUAUCGACUCAACCGGCGAAGUAACUAAUUUUCAAAAAGAAAUUUCCAACAUGAUGCACGGUUUUGGUGAUAAUCCAAAUCCAAAUGCUGCUACAGUUGUUCUAGUCGAGAGUAUAGUGCUUCAACAGCUAAGAUCAAUGUUACAAGAGGCUUUGAAUUAUUCAAUAUUGAGAGGGGCGAAAGCAAUUACAAAUACUGAUAUUAUAUGUUUGAUGAGGAAAAAUCCGAUGAAGUUGAAGCGAUUGUACGAUUAUCAAAUAAAAUUAGAUCGAAUAGAGACGAGUCGCUCGGCAACCGUAAGUACCCCUACUGCAGAAGGUAUAUUACCUGCCUUAGAAGAUGAAAAAGAAUUGGUCAAAAAGAAAAGAACUCACAUUGACGUUAUUAAGGAUUUGGACGAGGCUGAUGAAGUUAGUCAAAUAAAAUUCGAUGUGAUUGACUAUUUACGCAAAGUCAGGGCCGCUAAAUUAACAGAGGCGAUGUCUUUUGAAAAAUAUGAGGCUUAUCACAAAGCUAGAUGUAGUUCAUUCCGCUCAGGUUAUGGGAUGGCAAAAGGUUUUGUUAAAUUAGAGAGAUGGAUAAACCCUACCAAAGAAUUGAAGAUAACCCUUCCGGCUUUAGAAGUACUGUGUUUCUUGGCUUAUGAGACUGUAGCGGAAAUUGUUGAUGCAGUAUUUCUGAUUCGCCAGGAUAGUAAGAAGAAGUCGGGAGACCCUUUUAGUAAAUUUGAAGGUGGUUACUUUUGCAACCCUUUGAGUUUGAAUAAUGCAGUGUAUAUCAAAUCAGGGUAUGAAGGAGUGCCGGCUAUAACUGUAGCAGAAGUAAGGGAAGUUUUAAGGAGAUAUUUUACUCCACGAGUUGGGAUGAAUGGAUUAUUUUAUAGAAAUAUGAGUAAUGAUUUACCAGUUAGAUAUAUAGCUAUUUAACUACAAUCAUAAUAACAAUAUUAUGUGCUAUAAUUAAGUGUUAAUUCACAUGAUUUAAAAGCAGAUAACUCUGUGGAGAGUUGAAUAUGUUGUACUUAACUGUUUUAGAUGUGCAUUGUGCAAGUCUACUUUCAAGAGAAGGCAUUGGAUGAAAGAUUGUUAAAUUAUGUAUUUUCAGUAUUUAAUGUUUCUUUAUUGUAAGACAUUUUCUAUCCAGCACUUGUUGGAAACUAGCUUCCGCCCGUGACUCCGUCUGCGCAGAAAAAUUAAGAUUUUUUUUUCUAUGUAUUUUUCCGGGAUAAAAAGUAUCCUUUUUUAUUUCCAGGA